ACUAACCUUUAAAAAAGAGAAGAAAAAGAAAAAGGAAAAAAGAAAAAGAAAAAAGCUAAAAGAAGACUAACGAGAAACACCGUUUCUUUUACAACUAAAAACCAAAGAAGAGAUAUCUAAACACAAAAAACACACACAUGUUUGCAGACAUAUAUUGAGGGACAAGAAUCUAUCAAGCCUUGGUUUUUAUGUCCUUUAUUAUUCCACAAAGAUUUUGUAAUUGGGUAUUGAUUAUCUGGACGAUAUAGUUAGUACUUGCAUUAAUAAUGGGGCGAGGGAGGCCUAGGGCUGUAGAAUUAGGGCAAAAUACAAGUGCAUCCCCAAUUGGGUUAUUGAAUAUACCACCUGGGCCAGUGUAUUAUCCAACUGAGGAAGAAUUUAAGGACCCUUUAGAGUUUAUUUACAAGAUCAGGCCAGAGGCUGAGAAAUAUGGCAUUUGUAAAAUCAUCCCACCCAAGAGUUGGAAACCCCCUUUUGCAUUGGAUUUGAAUGCCUUCACAUUUCCGACGAAAACGCAAGCGAUUCAUCAGUUACAGGCUCGGUGUGCAUCUUGCGAUCCGAAGACCUUUGAAUUAGAGUACUAUAGGUUCCUAGAGGAGCAUUGCGGGAAGAAGGCGGCGAAGAAACGUGUUGUGUUUGAGGGGGAGGAGCUUAAUCUGUGUAAGUUGUUUAAUUCCGUCAAGCGGCUCGGAGGGUACGAUAAAGUAGCCAAGGAAAAGAAGUGGGGAGAGGUUUUUAGGUUCGUACGGCCUGCUGGGAAGAUUUCGGAGUGCGCCAAGCAUGUAUUAUGUCAGUUGUACCUGGAACAUUUGUGUGAUUAUGAAGAGUACUAUAAUAAGUUAAAUAAGAUGAGAAAUAAAAGUUACAGGAGAGGAAAUGGAAGUGAGAGAAAAAGGGAGUCAGACUCCCAAUUCUCGAGUUCUAAGAGAAGGAGAAAGAAUGGUGAGUGUGAUCUAACUGAAACGUGUAAGACGAAGGAGGAAGAACACGAUCAAAUAUGUGAACAGUGCAAAAGUGGAUUGCACGGGGAGGUGAUGCUUCUUUGUGAUCGGUGCAAUAAAGGGUGGCAUAUUUACUGUUUAUCACCACCUCUGAAACAAAUUCCACCUGGGAACUGGUAUUGCUUGCAAUGCUUGAAUUCUGAAAAGGAUAGCUUCGGCUUUGCACCCGGUAGAGACUUAACAUUGGACGCAUUUAGGCGCAUUGCUGAUCGUGCCAGGAAAAAAUGGUUUGGCUCCGCAUCUAUUACACAAGCGGAAUUAGAAAAGAAGUUCUGGGAAAUUGUGGAGGGAUCAGCUGGGGAGGUUGAAGUGAAGUAUGGCAGUGACUUGGAUACUUCCAUCUAUGGUAGUGGAUUUCCACGUGUAACCGACGAAAAACUAUCAUCAGUUGAACAAGGUACAUGGGAUGAAUAUAGUGCUAGCCCAUGGAAUCUCAAUAACUUACCCAAGUUGCCAGGUUCGAUGCUUCGAGCUGUACAUCAUAGCAUUGCUGGUGUUAUGGUGCCUUGGCUGUAUAUUGGAAUGCUAUUCUCUUCAUUCUGCUGGCAUUUUGAAGACCACUGCUUUUACUCCAUGAAUUAUCUUCACUGGGGAGAGCCGAAAUGUUGGUAUAGUGUUCCUGGAAAUGAAGCCCAAGCUUUUGAGAAGGUAAUGCGUAAUAGCCUUCCCGAUCUGUUUGAUGCGCAACCAGAUCUGCUAUUUCAGCUUGUAACCAUGCUGAAUCCACGUGUGUUGCAAGAAAAUGGGGUUCCUGUUUAUAAUGUAGUACAGGAGCCUGGGGACUUCAUUAUUACCUUUCCCAGAUCGUAUCACGGAGGCUUCAACUUCGGCUUAAAUUGUGCUGAGGCUGUCAAUUUUGCCCCUGCCGACUGGUUACCUCAUGGUGGAUUUGGAGCAGAUCUUUACCAGCUUUAUCGCAAACCUGCUGUUUUGUCUCAUGAAGAACUGCUCUGUGCAGUAGCCAGGAGUGAAUUUGACAGCAAGGCAGCACCUUACUUAAAAACAGAACUGGCCAGGGUCUAUUCUAGAGAAAAGUCUUGGAGAGAGCGGCUUUGGAAAAAUGGCAUUGUUAAUUCUUCUGCCAUGCGGCCUCGUCUGAAGCCUGAAUAUGUGGGCACGGAGGAGGAUCCUACAUGCAUCAUAUGCCAGCAAUAUUUGUAUCUUUCUGCUGUAGUAUGCAGCUGUGCACCAUCAUCUUUUGUUUGUCUUGAGGUAAGCACUUUUUAUUUGUGCAAGGAGUCAACAAUAAGUUGUUUUUCUUGCCUCGCUAGUUCCUAUAUGUGAUAUGCUUCUAUGAGU